AUGGUGUCUGAACUGAGACCAGAUCUAGUGUUAAUUGAUAUCGAGAAGCAACCACUGUUGUUUGGUGAAUUGACGGUAGCAUGGGAAGAAAGGAUUGAAGAGGCGCAUGAAAGAAAGUUGCUUCGGUAUGAGGAACUGGUGGCUGAAGUCCGCGAGAGAGGAUAUGACUUGCACCCUGUCCAUUUAUCUUUUUUUUUCCCGUCUCAUUGGUUUGGUCAAAUUAUUCUUGAUCUCUCAACCAAUUAUUUUCUUUUUCUUUAUUUUUUUUCUUUCAAAUAUACUCUUCACAUUUCCGUAUUUUCUCUUAAUCUGUCUUCCUCCCUUUUGUCAAAUUUAUUUGCCUUUUUUUUCUUUUCCUUCUCCUUUACUCUUUUACUCUUUCUUUCUCUAUCUACCUCUCUAUCUAACACUGUAUCUAUAUCUGUAUCUAUCUAUCUAUCUAUCUAUCUAUCUAUCUAUCUAUCUAUCUAUCUGUCUGUCUGUCUGUCUGUCUCUAUACCUGUCUCUGCAUCUAUCUAUCUAUCUGUUUCUAUACCCGUCUCUGUAUCUAUUUAUCGGCCUGGAAAGCCGAUACCAUCAAAUUCUCUCAUUGGUAAAUCAAGCGGUGACAGGCGUCGGAGAGUGAACGUUUUCAUCACUCCAUUCAUCUCUUUUAUCUGCUGGAUCAUCCGCCACUCACUUACACAUGUGGACAGGGUAAUAUUGCAGAAGGGUGUGGAGCAAUAA